GUAGUAGAAGAAGAGUGGACGGCGUUGUGACGUAACUGUCCCGAUUAUCAAACCGGGUCGAACUUUGGUUUUUCACGUUCCAGCGGCUCGGACUGAUCCCGUUCAGCUGGUUCUGGUGUUGAAGACGUCGUUAUGAUUUGUUCGCUCAGAGGUCGCCUGCUGAGUUCGGUCUCAUGGAUCCGGAUCCACAGAGGGACCAGAUCCCUGGGAACAGAACUGAUCAAGAACCAGAACCAGGACAGAGACGAGCUGCGUCCCCUCUAUAUGGACUUCCAGGCGACCACUCCGAUGGAUCCGCGGGUGCUGGAUGCCAUGUUGCCCUACCUGGUGAACUAUUACGGGAACCCUCACUCCAGAACACACGCCUACGGCUGGGAGAGUGAGAGCGCCAUGGAAACUGCCAGGAAGCAGGUGGCUGAUCUGAUUGGAGCAGACCCCAGAGAAGUUGUUUUCACCAGCGGUGCCACAGAGUCCAACAACAUGGCCAUCAAGGGCAUUGCCAGAUUCUACCAGGCCAAGAAGCGUCACGUAAUCACCACUCAGACGGAACACAAAUGUGUGCUGGACUCCUGUCGGGUUCUGGAGGCUGAAGGGUUCAGCGUCACCUACCUGCCUGUCCAGAAGACCGGCUUGCUGGACCUGCAGCUGCUGCAAGACUCCAUCCGUCCUGACACGUCUCUGGUGUCCGUGAUGACCGUCAACAAUGAGAUCGGAGUCAAGCAGCCCGUCAGGGACAUUGGUCAGAUCUGUCGUUCUAAAGGCGUGUUCUUCCACACGGAUGCCGCUCAAGCUGUUGGAAAGAUUCCCAUCAGUGUCUCAGACUGUAAAGUCGAUCUGAUGUCCAUAAGUGGACACAAGAUCUACGGACCCAAAGGUGUGGGUGCUCUGUAUGUCCGUCGACGCCCUCGGGUUCGUCUGGAGCCCGUGCAGAGUGGGGGUGGCCAGGAGAGGGGUCUGCGGUCUGGAACAGUUCCGACCCCGCUGGCUGUGGGUCUGGGAGCCGCCUGCUCCAUCGCCCAGCAGGAGAUGGAGUAUGAUCAUCACAGAGUGUCUGCUCUGGCAACGCGUCUGAUCAACAAGAUUUUGUCUGAGAUCCCUGAUGUCAUCUUGAACGGAGACCCAGAACACCGCUAUCCAGGUUGCAUCAAUCUGUCGUUUGCGUAUGUGGAGGGGGAGAGCCUCUUGAUGGCGCUGAAGGAUGUGGCUCUGUCAUCGGGCAGUGCGUGCACGUCUGCAUCUCUGGAGCCGUCAUAUGUUCUCAGAGCAAUCGGCGCUGAUGAAGACCUGGCCCACUCCUCCAUCAGGUUCGGCAUCGGCAGGUUCACCACAGAAGAAGAAGUAGACUACACAGCAGAGAAAUGCAUCCAGCAGGUCCGCAGGCUCAGAGACAUGAGCCCUCUGUGGGAGAUGGUUCAGGACGGCAUCGACAUAAAGAACAUCAAGUGGACCCAGCAUUAGACCCCUCCCACUUUUUUUCAGUCUGGGAUUGAGUUGGACCUGGUGACUGACCAGGUCUUUCUGUGUCCAACCUGCACAAACACCUUUCUGACUAACUCCGAACCACCAUUUGUUCUUCAGCACCGACAUUAGCGCCCCCUUCUGCAAAGCCCAAGACAGACGAAUCCCCAGAACUUAAAAAACAAGAAAUCUCAGUUAAAAUCUGGACAGUUUUUCUUGUUUAGAGACAAAACGUUAAAUCAAAGGAAACCUGGUUCAUAUGGUCUGUUUUUACAUCAGUCUCAGUGGACCCAAAGUCCUCCAGAGAGGACUCGCGUUCCGAGAAAUAAAUUAAAAAUUUUUGUGAAAUGCAAACAAUGAGAACUUAAGGACGUCUUAAUGUGUUUUGGUUUUCUGUGAAGGACAAUGGGACAAUUGCAGGAUGACGAAGAAUAAAAACAAGUGAGAUUGGACCAGGUCUAAGAACCCUGUGGUUCUGGACCUGCUCUGGUUUUAAAGGUCCACUGCACUGUUACUUUUUUGUGUGCCUUUUGUAUGAUUACUAAUAAACACCAACUUCAAUAU